AGUUUCUUCCAAAAGCUUGUCGCGGACACACGCUUGAAGUUAUCUCGGUCUUGGGACCUAACUUAAUCGUAACUUAAAUCGAAGUUAUAACAUAAAAGUUACUUAAAUUCGUAGUAAAAUGUGAUUUAAAACCACUAAAGAGGAUGUCCAAACGGAGUGUAUAAAAGUGUUUGUGAAAAUGAUAAGUGCGUGCGAAGUUUUGUUGUUUCCUUUGCGAUUGUAGGUUUUUUCGCGCCCGGAAUGCAGUUUUGGUUUUUUAAUUUAUUUUUAUAAUGUAAAAAAAAACUACAAUCGCAAUGCAAACAUCCAAACACUAUCGAAAAUGUGAAACCGAAGACAACCGGCCGCCAUCUUGAAUUGACUGUCAAUAAAACAAGAUGGCGUCGAGCUCUGUGUUCCGUUACCUGGUGCUUCUGGCUGCUCUCGUGUGGAUCCUGGAGUUGGCUGAAUGUGGAAAUGGCACAGUGACGAGAGACACAGCCUGGAGUAAUGGGAGCUGGUUUACCAUGGGCCUCCUAGAUUUCGAAAAGUGGUCGAACCAGCCAAACCUAUUUUCACCAAAAUUUCGCCUUUGCACAAAACUACCUGGACUUACAGCUGGCCAAAGAAGAGUCUGUAGAAGACACAAGGACCACAUGGCUGUAGUCAGCCAAGGGGUCAAGGUCAGCAUCGACGAAUGCCAGUACCAGUUUAAAUAUCGAAGAUGGAACUGUUCGGUGAUUGGUGAUGGCACUGUGUUCGGCCCUCUGACGCAAAUUGCUUCAAGAGAAUCAGCGUUCACGCACGCCAUCACAGCGGCGGGCGUUUCUUUGACCGUCAGCCGCGGGUGCCGCGACGGCCGCCUCGCCAGCUGCGGCUGCGCCCGGGCGCCGCGCCCGCGCUCGCUGCACCGGGACUGGCUGUGGGCUGGAUGUGGAGACGACCUGCAAUACGGCUACAAGUUUACUGAAAGCUUCAUUGACAUAAGAGAGAGGGAGCGCAAAGUCAAGCGUGGCAGCCGGGAGCAAGGGAGACAGCUGAUGAAUCGGCAUAACAACGAGGCUGGGCGGAGGGCUGUCAUAAGCAAGUCGAAGGUGACCUGCAAAUGUCAUGGGGUCUCCGGAUCUUGCAGCCUCAUCACGUGCUGGCAACAGCUGCCCAGCUUCAGGGAAGUGGGUGACGACCUCCAUGAAAAGUACGAGGGUGCCACACAGGUGAAGGUGUCUCGGCGAGGCAGGCUGCGGCUGGGGCAACCGGGGUACAGCGUUCCCACUGCGCAGCACCUCGUGUACCUUGAGGACUCGCCCAACUACUGCGUCAGCGAUGAUGCCCUGGGUUCCCUGGGCACCGCCGGUCGUCAGUGCAACAAGACCAGCCAAGGCUUGGACGGGUGCGAUGUGCUUUGCUGCGGCCGAGGCUACAACACCAAGAAGGUCGUGUUACGAGAGCGCUGCGAAUGCAGCUUUAAAUGGUGCUGCCGUGUGGAAUGUAAUACGUGUGUCAUUACAAGGGAAGAGUUUACGUGCAAAUGAUAUAAAUUUACCCUGUUCAUGCUUUCAUUUUCAAAGUCGGAUUUUCAAUCAAAUCGUAAGAAUC